AUGUUGGAAAGCUCGACCGUGGUCUGGCUCAGGUCCGCUGCGCGUGAGGCGUCGUACCGGCUCGCGCGCUUCCUUCCCGAGUCGAGCGACGCCGUGCAGCCCGACUCGCCCAUCCACAUCUUGGGGACUGUGGUGGAGGCCUCUGCUGAGGCGACCGCCGAGGUGCAGGCCUGCGUGCGUGCGUGCCUUUGGUUCACGUACCGGCAGCACUUUGAGCCGAUCCCGGGCACGGUCUUCACGAGCGACGCCGGCUGGGGCUGCAUGAUGCGCAGCGGGCAGAUGAUACUCGCGCAAGCACUGCUGCGGCUGAGCGCGGGCGGCGGCGGCGCGGGCGCGUCGCUCGAGCGGCGCGAGGCGGCGACGGUGGCGCUCUUCGCCGACUGCCUCGCCGCACCCUAUUCGCUCCACCGGAUCACGCUCGAGGGCCAGGCGCAGGGGCUGCCGGUCGGGCGGUGGAUGGGGCCGGCCAGCAUCGCGCAGGUGCUGGUGCGGCUGGCGGACCGCGACGCGCCAAGCUGCGGCCGGCGAGGGGGCCGCGGCGGGGGACGCGGCGGCGGGGGACGCGGCUGCCGCCGGCGCAGCGGCGGCGCGGUGCGAUCCGGGCGUGGCGAGCGGCUGCUCUACCUCGACCCGCACGAGGUCCAGCCCGCGCUGCGGCCCGACGACCCCGACGUCGCCUCCUGCCACUACGGGCGAGGCCUCCGCACGGUCCGGGUGGGGGACAUCGACCCGUCGCUGGCGUUCGGCUUCCUGUGCGGGAGCGCGGACGAGUUCGACGAGCUCUGCGCCGGCUGCGCGCGCGUCGGCUCCUCCUCCCUCUCCGCCUUCAGCAUCGCCGAGGCGCGCGUGCUCUGCUACGAGCGUGCGGGCAGCGAGGCGGAGGAGGCGGAGCCCCUCUCCUCGGACGACGACGACGACCUCGUCGUCUUGUAG